GGUCGGAGCCAUGGCGCUGGCAAAUUCAAGCCCCGUCAACCCUGUGGUGUUCUUCGAUGUCAGCAUAGGCGGCCAGGAAGUUGGCCGCAUGAAGAUCGAGCUCUUUGCAGACGUCGUGCCGAAAACGGCGGAGAACUUUAGGCAAUUCUGCACCGGAGAAUUCAGAAAAGAUGGGGUUCCAAUAGGAUACAAAGGAAGCACCUUCCACAGGGUCAUAAAGGAUUUCAUGAUCCAGGGUGGAGACUUUGUAAAUGGAGAUGGUACUGGAGUUGCCAGUAUUUACCGAGGACCGUUUGCAGAUGAAAAUUUUAAACUCAGACACUCAGCCCCAGGCCUGCUGUCCAUGGCAAACAGUGGUCCCAGUACAAAUGGCUGCCAGUUCUUCAUCACUUGUUCUAAGUGCGAUUGGCUGGAUGGGAAGCACGUGGUGUUUGGAAAAAUCAUCGAUGGACUUCUGGUGAUGAGAAAAAUCGAGAAUGUUCCCACGGGCCCCAACAAUAAGCCCAAGCUGCCGGUGGUGAUCUCACAGUGUGGGGAGAUGUAAACUGAAUUAGGCCUUUCUCCUGGGGGAGGUGCUUGGUAAAACCAUCUGGAUUGGCCCCUGGACUUGCCUCCCUGCCUGCUGCUGCUGCUGCAUUUGAACAAGAGACUUGGGAAGUAUCAGAAAUCCAGGAUACCGAUUUUCAGUUUUUCAGUGUUUGACUGUAAAUAAACUUUUGGUUUGUUUUUUUAA